CACUUACUGUCCUACGGCGGCGUUCGGUGGAAAGACGACAGGUGAUUGGUCAAACAGUUCCCCUCAUGAUCAUAAUGUGAAUGACAGUCGGGCCAGCUGACGCGGCCAUGAACUGUAGUUGAUACUGAAUUUUUGAACAACAUUCCUGAGAAUUGUUGACGAACAUGUUUUGUAGCCGACCAAGACCCACGUAAUGGAAAACGCGUCGGGAGUCAAAUAUGGAGUCUGGACUUGGGGAAUCAUGACGUUUUCUUGGACAUCAUGAACCAGACGUUUGAGAGAAUUCAAAAUCAUCCUUGAUGAGCGUGAAAAAGUAUGGCGAUGAGCUUACCGUUGACGAGUCGAAGAAAGUGAUGGAUGUGGGAACUUUCUGAAUUGUCUUGUCUUGGAAAGGUUUUACAGUUUGAGAAUAAUACAAACGUUUGAUGUGUUCUGCGGCGGGAGUUUCUGGGUACCAGAGGAGCGUGUCUGAUGUGACUAGCUGACCGUAUCGACCUCGUCAAUAUAUCCACCAGCUGUAGCCAGUCCCAUGGGAUGUGUCAGUCAAAGUGUGGCUAAUGAACGCGUUCUUGAUGGCAGAGCAAAACUUAAAGGAACGAAGCCCAGACGUGGCACACUUUCUACCGCCCUUCUAAUGGAAACAGACAGUUCCUGUAGAGUUCGGAAGCGUCUGAGGCAAAACGUGAAACUAGUUUGUUCCUGGUAGGGGUGAGCUUGCAACUCCACUCCCUGGUUUCAUUCAGAAUGCUCGAACAUCAGAGUUCAAGGUUGGUGCUUCAUUAACACCUUAACCUUAAAGGACAUAAUUCUUAAGCAACAAGAAAUAGAACCGGACCUUAACUUCGACAAUUUUGACUGAAUGUUUUUCAUCUGCAUGAUGAGGCCUCACCGAGGGCAUUCUGAACGUAGAAAAGAAAGCUACCAAUGAUGUUUACAAGACGUUUCUACUGGCUAUUUAAAAAUCAAGAGUUUCUGGCUGGAUUGAUCUAGAUACUGUGUCUAUUCUUGAUCGGCCCCUCUCAAAAUGGCACCUUCAAAGAAAAUUAUACAAGUAGUGUUUUUGACAUCAAUGAUGUGGUUUUCUGUGGACAUCAUGCUCCUGAUCACCUACACCACAUCACCUGAAAGUAACUUCAGUCUCAAACUGCCGUUUGGAAACGACCAGAAGAGGAACACUGGGCGAGAACGGAAGAGUGGACGGCAGGAAUUUGAUAAGAUGGAGAGAAGGGAUGACUGGAGUAUGCCCCAGGUACAGAGCCAUCAGCAAAGAGGGACUCAACGUCAGAUACCAAGGGAUAACCCCCGUGUAGGCAUCCGUAACCGACAUCAACUGGGGGAAAAACAUGAAGAAAAAAAUCCAGUCGUGAAUUUUGAAAAAAAACACAACAUCGUUGCCUUGAAAAAUAAUGACCACUUACAGCAUAAAGCAGGAGAGCCUGGCGUGAGGAAUCAACAAAAAGACACACAGAGUGUCGAUCUGCAAGACGAACGCAAUGUCGAUCAAAACAGGGAACAGAAAAUAGUACAAAAAGACUUGCCAGAUGUAAACAAUGACAAAAGACGGCAGUUGGAGGAUAUACGAAGGAAAAAUUUCAAUCAGAAUCAAAUACAUAAUGUCGAGCAAGGAGUCAACCUUAAUGAGAAAGACGACCAGGUUUCAGACUCAGUAUCUGAGGAUCUCGAAAGCAAGCCUCGAUCGAUUAUGAGGAAGGCAUCAGUGAAGCUGGAACCAAAAUCGAAGGGAUCGCCCACGUAUAAUUAUGUUCGUGACCUGGAUGUGACCUCCAAGCCACGUGACCCCAAUGGGCCGGGAGAGAUGGGUAAAGGAGUAAAGACGGAAGUCAAAGAUGCCAGCAAGGUCGCCUUGGGAUUUAAACACGCCUCCUUUAAUGAGUUUGUCAGUGAUAUGAUUUCACUCGAAAGAGCAUUACCAGAGAAACGACCGCCAAUGUGUAAGAGGAAGAAGUACGUAGAUGUUCUUCCAGAAACCAGCAUUAUUAUCUGCUUCACUGAAGAGUCAUGGUCAACAUUGCUUCGUACAGUGCACAGCGUACUUAAUCGAUCACCGCCUGAAUUAGUCAAGGAGGUCAUAUUAGUCGAUGACUACAGUCAGAGAGAUUAUCUGAAACAGCCCCUGGAUGAGUACAUGACCCAAUUUCCAAAAGUGAAGAUUCUUCGGCUUGAGCAGCGAGAAGGGUUAAUCCGCGCCAGACUACGUGGGGCAGAGAUCGCUCAGGGAACUGUGCUAACAUUCUUGGAUUCACACGUCGAGUGCCACGUGGGAUGGUUGGAACCGUUACUCCAAAGGAUUUGGGAAAACAGGACAAGAGUAGUUUGUCCUGCGUUAGAUAGUAUUGAUGCUACCACGUUCAGGUAUGAAGGCUCUGGAAAUAUCAUGGGAGCUUUUGAAUGGGAUCUACAAUUCCACUGGGUCGGCCUUCCUCGUAGAGAACUCAAGAGACGACAAGACGAGUCUUAUCCUAUUCGAACGCCAGCGAUAGCAGGUGGACUGUUCUCCAUCGAUCGUCAAUGGUUUUAUGAGCUAGGUUCAUACGAUAAAGGAAUGGAUAUAUGGGGAGGAGAAAAUAUAGAGUUAUCUCUCAGAACUUGGAUGUGCGGUGGUUCAAUGGAGAUUCUACCUUGUUCAAGAGUCGGUCAUAUAUUCAGGAAAUCACAACCUUAUAAAUUUCCAGACGGUAAUGUAAAAACUUUUCUGCGAAAUACUCAACGUGUAGUUGAGGUUUGGUUAGAUGAUUUCAAACCUCUCUUUUACUCAAUGAGACCGGAGUUGCAUGCACGACAGUAUGGGGAUGUCUCGGAGAGACUGGAGCUGAGAAAACGACUGAAGUGCAAAGAUUUCAAGUGGUACUUGGAUAAUGUUUAUCCAGAACUCGAUGUACCAGACAUGGAUGUGACGGCGAGAGGAGAGAUGAGAAAUCUCGGCGUGGGUAAAUGCUUAGACAGACAAUCCAAUGGACCACUGGGCCUUUACCCAUGCCACGGACAAGGUGGUCACCAGAGCUUCUCGCUCAGUAGGAAGGGCCACCUUCAAUACGAGAGUAAAUGUGCGUUACCAUGGAAAUCUACCGAUAGAAUGGGCCUUGGCAACUGCAGGGCUACUCGUGUCUUCAAAUUUGAACACACAAAGAAUAACGCAAUGGUGGAAGCCCACACGAGGAAAUGCCUAAGCGUGUCACGUGAUAAGAAUUUUGUUAUUUUACAACAGUGUGAUGGUAGUCCAAAACAGCAAUGGAAAUGGAGCACGUAUAUACACUAGGAAUAUAUAACAGAAUAUCUACAAUGGAACGGGGCAUGCAUGUCGCGUUCAAAAGGAAGAAAGGAGAUGGGGCAUGUACAUGCAACAUAGGAACUCCAAGCUCAAUGGUAGAACAAGAAGAAAAAUUACAACUGUGACAAAUAAACCAUCAAGUGGUUGAUGUGAGGAUACAUGGAUCAUAGCCAAAGAUGAACUGGUAGAUGUCUUUCAAUUAAAAAAAAAGAAAUGCUGGGAAUUUAGGGUAUUGCACUUGUGAAAAUGGUCUCACUGUAGAACAAUGACACAAUAUAAGUUGACAUUCCUGUUUUUCUUUUUUUUUUCUAUACGGAAACUUUUAAUAUUUUGCUUACAGAGCUACAAUUCAAAUACAUGUAGUAGUAUUUUGGGCAGGGGUUUACUGCCUUAGAUUGUCUAAUUUAAGCUACUUAAGUUUUUAUUUAAAUUUACCGAAUGAAUAAUUUCUCUUUCCGUGUUUAACACACUCUUUCGAGUAGUUGUUUUACGCAAACUGCAGGAGGGAAUGUCAUAAAAUACUACCUUGCUAAUACCAAAUUCAUUUUCAACUGUUUGUCUUUUUCGUGAUACACCGAAAAGGUGCAUCUAUAAACAGCAGCUUUGUAAUAUUAUCAGUCAAGGUGAUAACUGAAAUAUCACUCGUUGAUACAAUAUUUCUGAUAUCUAAACCAAAUGUCACUGUAUGGUUCAAGUAUUUUGCUAAUAUCAUUCAGUUGAACGACCUCGGCUAGGCAAUUAGAUACCAUGGGUAGUGACUAUCACCAGUUCUGAAUACUCUUAACGUCGUAGAUUUUUUGCAUUUCAAAUGCACUGAAUGCAUAGAGUACACGUAGUUGUUCAUGCAUUAAAUGAAAGUACCUCGUCAGUCGAAAUAAAAUUUACGCCACGACAGCACCGCUUAAAAUAA